ACUCAGGGACGUUUAGCCCUUCAGAAGCGCCUGGCAGGAGAGAGUCCGGGCGGAAAAACCCUCCGCGCGUCCUUGUCACACAGCAGGAAGCUAAAACAUGGCGGCCGCCGCAGCAGUGAGGAGUCUCGGCUCCACUUUGGGUAAAAACCUCCGAGAGAUCCGCGUGCACCUCUGCCAGACCUCCGCCGCCAGCAAGGGGGCCAGAGACUUUGUGGAGCAGCACUAUGUGACUCUGAAGAAGGCCAACCCAGACUUCCCGAUCCUGAUCCGAGAGUGUUCUGGAGUCCAGGCCCGGGUCUGGGCUCGAUACGAUUUCGGGAAAGAGAGCAGCGUCUCCGUGGAGAACAUGUCAGCUGAUCAGGUGGCCGGCGCUCUGCAGACUCUGGCUCAGUCCAAACCUUAACCCCCCCCGUCUCUGCUGGAAGUGGCUCAGUCCAAACCGGCUUCAUUCAGAUUGUAAAUGUGUUGAUAAUAAACCUUAAAUGUUAAUAUGUCA